UCAUUCAUAACACGGAGCACAAUAAACUCGGUGGGCAUGUGACAGGGAGAAGCCGAACUCACUUGAUUAAGUCUGACAGGCAGCCAUCCAUCAACUUCUCAGGAUAGCACGCACACGGACAACAGCGCAAUCGACUAUGAAUAAUUCGGGAGGUCGGAGACUGAAGCAGUGGCUGGUGGAGCAGAUCCAGAGCGGGCAGUACUCCGGACUGCAGUGGGAGGAUGAAAGCCGCACUAUGUUUCGAAUUCCAUGGAAACACGCAGGGAAACAGGAUUACAACCAAGAAGUAGACGCGUCCAUUUUUAAGGCCUGGGCUGUGUUUAAAGGCAAGUUUAAGGAGGGGGAAAAGGCUGAGCCUGCAACAUGGAAGACCAGACUCCGCUGUGCCCUGAAUAAAAGCCCUGACUUUGAGGAGGUGACAGAAAGGUCACAGCUGGACAUCUCUGAGCCCUAUAAAGUCUACCGCAUUGUACCCGAGGAAGACCAGAAGCAUGGCAAAAGCUCAGUGAUGACCAUGACAGCUACCACCAGCUCUGGUGAUAUCACUGACAUGGACUGCAGCCCUGCAGAGAUAGAGGAGCUCAUUAAAGAGGAGGAAGGCUGUAGUAUACAGGCCAGUCCAGAGUAUUGGUCCCAGGGCAGCAUCAAUGCUUUUCAUCUGCAUCAGGAGCCUUUGCCAUCAGGCAAUCUAAGCUCAGCUUUCUCCCAGAUGAUGAUCAGUUUCUACUAUGGAGGAAAACUGAUGCACACCACACCUGUCACUCAUCCUGAAGGCUGCCGGAUCUCCCCACAACAGCACCUGGGUCGUGGAGCUCUAUACAGUUCAGACAGCAUGCAGAGCGUUCAUUUCCCUCCUGCUGAGCUCAUCGAGUACGACCGCCAGCGCCACGUCACACGCAAGCUCCUGGGCCACCUGGAGAGAGGUGUCCUGGUCCGUGCCAACCAAGAGGGCAUCUUCAUCAAAAGGCUGUGCCAGAGCCGAGUCUUCUGGAGCGGGCUGGGAGAAGGGCCUUCACAAUACAGCCCCAUGCCAUGUAAACUUGAGAGAGAUGCUGUAGUCAAGAUCUUUGACACAGGAAAGUUUCUUCAAGCUCUACAGCUGUACCAGGAGGGUCAGUUUCCUGCUCCUGAUCCCGCAGUGACUUUGUGUUUCGGUGAGGAGCUGCAUGAUCUGAGCAAUGCCAAGAGCAAACUGAUUAUUGUGCAGCUCACGAUGGUGAACUGCCAGCACCUGCUGGAGGCAGUGAACAUGCGUCGCUCCCAGCCCUACUGCAACAACCCAAACCUGGAGAUGUCUGACAAUGCGGCCAGUGACCAGAUGGCCCUCAUCUACCAGGACCUGUGCAGCUACAGCGGCCCCCAGAGGCCAGCCUGCUACAGGGACAACAUGCCCAUCACUGCCUGAGCUGUGAGCAGCAACAUGCCGACCAGGAGCUCCUCAGCGUGGAAUCACACUGAAUGUACAACAUAGUAGAGACAUUUCUUAUUCUCCUAACAUACUCUGACAAGGUAAUUCAGGUAAAAGACAGUAUUACAGUUAGUUUUGACUUGUUCAGUUUAUACCAAUCACAGUGGAGACAUAAAUAUAAGGAGUAAAGCUCCUACAGUAAAACUUUUUAAAUGCAGCUCAAUAUUAGGAUGUCCCUAAUAUUUUGUAUAUCAGUAAUGUUUUUUUUGUACAUACAGUGCUAACACAAACUCUGUCUAACUUCUGCUUUUAUAUUAUAAGGGGGUUUUCAUUUAGCUCAAAAGAAAAAGUGGUAUAUAUUUAUAUGCUACACACAACUCAAUAACUAAUUAUAUAUAUAUAUAUAUAUAUAUAUAUAUAUAUAUAUAUAUAUAUAUAUAUAUAUAUAUAUAUAUAUACAUACAUACAUACAUACAUACAUAUAUUGUAUACAUAAAAACUAUUCUCAUAAUAUGUAUAUUAUGAGAAUAAUUUGGAUAUAUACAAUUUAGUUGUCAAAGCUGAAUUUACUUUUUUGUUUUUGCCAUUUAGAUGGAGGGGUAUUUUUUCAGAUAUUUUUCAACUUUUUUACAGUAAAUGAAAAAUCUUUGUAUGACUUGAUAAAAAAUGUAAUUUGAAAUGCAAUGUUGUAUUAUAUUAGAGAUAGGUUUUACUAUCAGAUUGUUUCUAUUAACUGCAUUUCUAGUAAAACUAAGUUUGUACUAAACUACACAUGCUUGUAUUUAUAAUACUGUCGUUGUUUUGUUUUAUUUUGAUCUCUUAAUUAUUGCAAAAUGUUCCCCAUGAUGAACAUAGGACCAUGUUUAAGCUAACCACACAUUACAUAUGGUUUAAAUUUCUGUCAACAAUUUUCCAAAGCAUAUAAUAUAAUUAUACUGUCCAGGUAGUCAUUUCAACCAUUUCAUGUCUGUACAGUAUUAAAAUCAGUUUGUGGAACUAUAAACUUGUACUUAUACUGUAACUGCAUAACCAACAAGGACAACAUAACUCUGACACCAACGAUAAGUAAGCCUGAUGUUUUCGGGGGAUUACCGAUGUCUCUGCAACUUGAAACCCAAGUGAAGUGUAUACAAAACAUUGGUGCAUGUCAGGUGGGAAAUUGAAAAAUUGAAGUAAUUCUGCAUACAGCAUAUUUUGUGUGUGCUUGUGUUAAUGUUGUGAUUGACUUUCUCUCACGCUUGAUAGAUGAAACAUUCAAAUCUACACAACUGUUUUAAUGUCUGCACCAUGAGAUUAAGUUCAAGACUUCUAGCUGCCUUAUGUAUAAUUUCAUUAGUAAAUCCACACAAUUUAGUCCAAUUCAUUAAAUAUCUUGAUAGAUAGGAUCUUAAUAAGAAAUUGGUUUGAACAUUGCUUGGCUGCACAUAAUACAAAUAUGUGUGGGGCUGAAGAGGUUAAAGCAAAGUUCACAUUCAUCUACAAGUGACAUUAUAAUAUGAAUUUAAUAUUGUCUGUGAACAUCAAGGAAUUACUAAAGACUGAAUUUAAAUAUUU